GAGGAGGACUGUGGUUCCACAUACGUAACACGUGCGUAUUGAACACUCCGGUGCGGUUUUGCAAUGUGCUGCAGAACUAGAUGACUGACAGGAAGAAAGAGAAGUCACGCAGAGGGAGGGAGUGGUAGGGCCACCGACAUGUCCUUAUGAAACACUCAUUCUCCUUCUGAUUGUAGCCUUGAGCUGGCUAUUGUUGUUUGAUUAAGUGGUCCUUUGAUCUCUCACCGAUGGUGGCUAACAUGGAGUUAAUAGAGGAAUUCCUGGAGAGUGCGUUGGCCAAAUGGGUGUUGCUGUUCCAGCCCAUGGUGGACGGAGCGGGCAGACCGCCCCCCCACAGCCCGUACCCGGACGCAGACCCGCCCCCCCGGGGAACCGGGAGUUGGUAUACGAGGCUGACCGACGGGGUCUUCCUCAACGAGGUCAUGAGGUUGAUAGAUCCCAACCCAAAGGUGGAGCAACUCUACCACCGCGAUGCCGGAGGCCGCAUGCUCCGACUGCAGAACUUCUCCAUCCUGAACCGCCACCUCAGGGCCUUCUACCAGGAAGACCUUCAGCAGCUGAUACUGAUCCCGCUCCCAAACAUCGCCGUUCUGGGUCAGGAUCCCUUCACAGAAGCAGCUGUGGAAGAACUCACAAGGCUGCUGCUGCUGCUUCUGGGAUGCGCUGUGCAGUGUGAGAAUAAAGAGAGGUUCAUUCAGCAGAUUCAGUCUCUGGACAUCCAGACCCAGGCAGCUAUCGCCAGCUGUAUCCAAGAGGUGACUCAGGACCCCCGGAUGGUGCUUCCUCUCCAGUGGGAGGAGCUUAGAGGCCUGGGGGAGACGGAGCUAGAGCUGGCCUUUGGUUCCAUGGCCAAACAAAUACAAAGCCUGCUGGCACAGAGAGACACGCACCUGGAGAGGCUGACGGAGCUGAGCCGGGAGCGGGAGGAGCUGGAUCCCGACCCGGGCGGCCAGUCGCUGGGGGACCCCACGGCGUGGCCUCCCCAGGGGGCCGCGCUCCAGCUGGCUGACAGCAGGGCCAAACUACGGCGCCUCAAACAACAACUAGAAGAUAAAGGUGACCAGCUGCUGGACUACAAGCAGGAGGUGGAGACCAUGGAGGAGCAGCUGAGGAAGCUUCACAAAGAGAACCGGGCCCUGCAGGGGGAGCUGCGCGGUGUGCGUUCUCUGCGUGACGAGCUGGACUGCGCCCGGGAGCGCAGCGGCCGCGUGGAGCCGCUGCAGCAGGAGCUGCUCAGCCUGCGCCACAAGCUGAGGAGCCUGGAGCUCACACGCACACAGCUCAAGGAGCAGCAGCAGCAGUGUGGGGCGCUGCAGGAGACCCAGCUCCUCCUGGAGGAGCAGCUGAAGGAGGCGCGGGAGCGCUGCUCAACGCUCCGGGAGCUGAGGAGAGACAACCUGCUGCUGCGGCAGAACGUCGUGGAGCUGGCGGCGGAUCGGGACACAGAGAGGCAGAGGGUGGACGAGCUCCUGGAAAUCAACAUGAGCCUGGAGGCGGAGCUUAAGCACAGCAGCCACGCCCGGCGCCAUCUCCUCCAAUCAGAAGGGGAGUCCGACGAGGAGCCGUUCGACGCGAUUGACCUGAAGCCUCUGAGCGUGGAGGUGGGGGAGGCCUCCACCCUGAUGCUCCUGGGGGCAGAGCAGGAGAACGCCGCGCUGAGGAGGCGUCUGGAGGAGCUGCAGGCUCAGCGAGAGUCUUCGGUGGCGAGGGACGAGCUGGCUGUCCUGGAGGAGGAGCAUCAGACCACACUCAGGCAGCUUUGGAGCACUGAGAGUGAAAACAAGGAGCUACGGAGCAGGCUGAGCAGCACGCUGGCAACCGGACCUCAGUCAGACCCUGGAGGCGAGGGAGAGGCGAGCGGGGGGGAGGAGGGGGAGCCUGCCGGAGACCGGGGGCGGGCGGAGGGGGGGCAGGGCCGACGGGGUCCGGAGGCCGGGAGCAAGGCGGAUAGAGAGACGGACGGACGGGCUGGGGACAAAGCCCAGGCCUCCACCGCCCCCCCCCGCCCAGCGCCGCGGCCCAGGGACGAGGAGGGAGGGGGAGAGGCGCCGCCCGCCACCGCGGGCCCCGGCAUGGAGCUCCUGGCGGCGCGGCUGAGGGAGGCCCGGGAGGAGGCGGACGGCCAGGCGCUGCUGGCCCAGGAGGUGCGCUCCAAGCUGGGGGAGCAGAGCAGGAGGGCCUGGGAGGCCGAGCAGAGGCUGGUGCUCCUGGAGGCCGAGCUGCAGAGACUGAGGAAGGCCGCCGAGGGCCUGGGGGAGGCCCGCAGAAAGAUAGAGGUCCUGCAGGCGGAGGGGCUGUCCCUGGAGGAGGAGCUUUGCCGCCUGCGUAGCCACCAGGAGCUCCACUCCAUGCAGUCCACCGUCAUCGCCGGCCUGGAGGGGGAGAAGGCCUCUCUGGAGCGGGAGCGGGACGCGCUGCGGAGCUCCAUGGACGGCCUCCGCACCGCCCAGCGGAAGGGCGACCAAUUGCAGCUGACGAACCAAACCCUGAAGGCGGAACAGGAGCGGCUGGGGCGGAGCUUAGAGGCUUCUCGUCGGCGGGAGGCGGAGCUUGAGGCGGAGCUCCGCGAAGCCACCCUGGAGGCGGAGGGGCUGGCCCGGGGGCGGGACCAGGCGCUGCUGGAGGCCACGCGGUUGGAGCAGGAGAAGGAGGCGUGCGUGGCGGCGCUUGAGGGGGGGCAGAAGGAGGGACGGCAGCGGGAGCGCGAGGCGGCCCGGCUGAGGCAGCAGCUGGAGAGCACCACCCUGGCCCUGGAGCACGCCCACCAGAGGGCCCGGGGCCUGGACGCCGAGCACAGACGGCAGGCCCAGGAGCUGUCUCACUGCAGGGAGAGGUGUGCCGGCCUGCAGGGUUCAGAGGAGGAGCUGGCCGGGCGGUUCCACACUCUGGAGGAGGAGCGGCAGCGUCUGGGCGAGCAGCACGCCGACGCCCAGAGCAGCAUCAGCGCGUUGUCCCAGGACCUCUCCGAUGAGCGAGACCGAUCCAGCGGUCUGACCAAUGAGAUCGAGCAGCUGAACCACAAACUAUCCAGGCUGGAGGGUGAACUGAGGACCGCCGGCGAGGCGCUGCGUCGCUCUGGGGAGAGAACAGACGCCCCCCCUCGGUUGGUGGAGGGGAGUAAUCUGGGGGUCGCUCCAGAAGGAGGGCUGGCGGGCGGUCUGUUGGUGGGUGGUCCCUCAACAGGCUCAUCGGGUCGAGGUGAAGGUCUGCACGACCCAGAGAGUCUGAGCAUGGCUCCAGGCCAGGACGCGGCCCUAGGACGCGACCCUCACCUGACCCCGGGUGAUCUGGAUGUGGAGACAGAGAAGCGGCAGGGCCGAAGGUCACCAGAGCUGCAGAGAGAGCAGGCCGUGCUGCUGGCGGAGAGAGAGGCCUUGUUGUUCAGGGCGACCCGGACCCAGGAGGCCUGCGACCGCGUCAAGGAGGAGCUGGAGGCCUCGAGGCGCCACACCCUCAGCCUGCAGGACUCCUGCACAAAGCUGCAGACGCUGCACACCCAGCUGCAGGUGGACCAUGGCAUGCUCAGCUCCCAGCAUGCAUCAGUGCUGGCCAGAUGCAGCGACAGCGAGGCCCGGUGCGCCGCCCUGGAGGCGGAGUCCAAAGUGUGGGCCCGGGAGAGGGAGGAGUCCCGCGCCCGGACGGACGCCAUGCGGCGGGACCAGGAGCGAAUGGCAGCGCUGCAGCAGCGGCAGGAGGCAGAGCUUGAGGAGCUGCUGGACAAACACUCCCAGCUGAGGACGUCCAGCCGCAGCCUGGAGGGGGCGCACAGGGAGCUGGAGGCCAGGUACACAGAGCUGCUGGACGGCCGCGCACAGCUGGAAGAGCGGGAGAGGGAGAUGAGGAUGAGGGGGGAGCAGAUGGACGCAGAGGAGCACAGGAGGGCAGAGAAAGAGCGGGAGCUGGAGAGGAUCACAGAAGACUAUGAAAGGCUGCAGGCCCAGCAGCGGGAGUGGCUGGCGGCCCAGGCUGAGCUGCUGGCCCAGGGCUCGGUGCUGAGUGGGGAGCUGAGGGCGGCUCUGCUGGAGAGGACCCGGCUGGAGGGGGAGGUCAGCACCCUGAGGGAGAGCAAUCAGAACCUGGACCUCUGCAACGUGCGGCUCACCAGCCAGUACCAGCUGCUGACCCAGCUGAAGGGGAACAUGGAGGAGGAGAACCGCCACUUGGCGGAGCAGAGCCAGAGUCUGCUGAAGGAGAACCACUCUCUACUGGAGCAGAGCCUUGAGCGCCGUGACCAGCAUCACACACAGCAGCGCGAGUACCAGGAGAAGCUGGGGGAGCUGCGCCGCGAGAAGCAGAAGCUGGUGGAGAAGAUCAUGGACCAGUACCGGGUCCUGGAGCCCACCGGGGCCUCCCCGGCGAGCAAGGCCAAGAAGUCCAACUGGAUCGCAGACAGGAUGAAGAAGCUGAUCAAGCCGCGGGCGGGGGGGGCAAGCCGGGAGGGCCGCGCCCUCUUCACCACGGGGGGGAGCGUGGAGAACCUGGCCCACCCGGCUGCAUACACACACACACUGCAGGAUGACCCCCUGAGCGCCCCCGUCUCCCCGUGCCCCAACAGGAGGGCCCCACUGGGGGAGACGGAGAUCUCGGCCCCCCGGUCCCCGGUGCUGCUCACCGGCCCCAUGGCGCGGCGGAAGCUGGGCUCGCGUCACGGCUGGGGCCUGGGCCUGGCCCGGGCCGGCUCCCAGGGCCUGUCCCAGUCCUUCAGCCCCGGGGACCUCCGCCUCCGCACCGCCUCCGCCCCGCCGGCCGCCGCCAGUGUGUCCUGGGAGCCCAGGAGGCCGCCCCGCGUCCCCUCUGCUUUCAGCCUGUAA